GUUGCACGCUCCAUUGCUUCGUUGGUCACUGGCAAGAAAGACAGUAGUGCUUCGUCCUCGAUAAAGUCGCGUAAAAAUAGGUCUAAGACAAGGCUCAAGGUGUCAUCAAGUUUGCACACUUUAUCGUUAUCCGUGUCGACGUGCUCUUUGUCAUCCCCAGCGGAUGACCUGACGCUGAAGACAGACUCAGCGUCUUCGCGCGACACGGAGAAGUCGACUUGCGCAGGGCAGAAGACUCCAAAGAGCGUCCGACUGAACGACAGACCCAUAGACGAGGAGCCGCCCCCGCCAGUGCGGGAGGUCCUCUUGCCCAAGGACGUGAGGCCUCGCUCUCUCACCCCGACCGGAGAGCUGGAGAGAGCGAGUCAAAAGUAAAGGUCAUUUUGUACAUCUAUGUAAUUUUAUUUUAAC